CAGCGUUGCGUACAUUUUAAACAUCGCGUUUAAAUUUUGAGCAGUUUGUAGCGCUGACGCCAGCGCUAUUACCUACGCGUGAACGCUGUCCUAAAGGCUAAACACAUGUCCUUAAAAUUUUGUGACAGUAUUUUUGCAGUCUUUUGGAAGUUUCAUCAUUUGUUCUUUCAUCUGUUCAUGGCAACCGUAAACAUCGGAGGUGCUGGGGAUAACAUGUUGAGUAUUCGACCAGGAAACACUGCGGAACCGACCGGGCAAACUCACGGAGAAGGCAGGGGAAAGAGCGAUCUUGUCCCUGUCAAAUUGGAGCCGAUAACCACCUUAGAAUGCACAAUGGCGGGUGACAACAUGAGCAGCAAAUGCACCAACCCUUCGGCGACACAUAAAGGAAUGCAUAGCCCUUCGGGCACAGCAAGUGAUCAAGAAGAUGGGCCUGUUACGCAGACAUCUAUUGACAUAUCCACUUCAACAGAAGAUAUUCAGAAGGCUACUGUCUCAGAGAAAGCUCAAGAAGUGGUUAGACAAGAUUCCUCAGCAGCUUCUAAUUCUGGUGGACCACUUCAAGCCAAUGAGGCCGCCACCUCUGACAUGCAUUCAGCCCCUCAAGUCACCAUGGAAGCACCACCAGAGGAAGAAAAUAUCCCCCGCCAAGAAAAAAAGGAAGGAUUUGAGUCUCAUCCAGGGUCAAUCAGUAAAGCUGUUGCGGAGACAACUGGCAUGCCUCCUCUCCAAGAAAACCGCUGCGAUACAUCUCCUGAUCUACAGGCCCAAGUACAUGUAUCCAAAGAGGCCAACCAGACCGUCGCAAGCCUGCCAGCAUCCUUGGGAGCUAGUGUCGAGCCAUCAUCCUCCACUACCAGCGACUCCAUAAUGCAAGACCUCGGUUUGUUUGGAAACAACAGUGCUCAUUCCGUCACGGUGGCAAGCUACUGUCAGGUGGAGAAUCUGCAGCCAAGCAUUGGCCGUGCCGGCCAGGCUUCAUCCAGCCUUGGCCUUUUCAGCGGGCUUUCUCAACAGCAAGAAAUCGUGGACUCUCUUCCUGGCAUCAACACUCUGUCUCCAUCCUCUAAUCUGGUGCAUGGUGUGACCGGAAGUCUAAACAGUUAUGCCUCUCAGAGUGAUCUCCCGUCAGGUAACAUGAUGAACAACAUGGUUUAUGCUGCUGUGCCCCUUCAGCAAACAGCAAGUGGAAUGCAGCUUGCUGCAAUCCAUCCAAAUGGCAAUGGCUACAGCCUUGGUCGACCCAAUGGGCCAACCAGACGAGUUCUUCUUCCUCGUGGACGCUCUUCAAGCAACACCCCCAAGGAGAACUCCUUCAAGGAGAGCAUCACUCCACUGACCUACGACAAGCCCAAUGUGGGUCUGGUGCAGCAGAUCAUAGAGGUGUUCCGGGCGACGGGCAAGAAGGAGAUGCAGCCGUGUCAGAUCUAUGACGGCCUCGAAUGCUGCUAUCCAUACUAUCUUCGCAUGAAUCCAAAUAGGAAAAAAAGCUGGAUGAGUUCUGUCCGACACGCACUUACGACUCCCUUUUUCAAAUCCCGACGGGCUGAUGACUCUGAUGGCAAAUUGGCACCUCGCAAGGGCAGCUUCUGGUCCAUCAAUGACAGCUAUGACCCCAAUGCCAAGCCCUCGAAACGCAUCACCCCAGUCAAGCGCCCACUGGGCAGCCCGACUUUUCAGCGGCGCCAGCCCUUGCGGGUCAGCACACAGCAGGCCAACUGGCAGCCCUUUGGUGGCCACAACCAACAGGCCCAGCAGCAUCGUAGCGGGACUCACCACAGUCCCUACAACUACUUCAGCCCCACCAGGGGGAGCUUCUCCCCCAUGGGCCCAUCCAACAUGCCCAUUGUGUACUCCCCAACCCAGGUCUACCAGCCACAGACGCCAACAGCAGCUCUCCUCCCCAAUGGCAAGAUGAUCUACCUGUCUCCUGCAGAUGACGAUUCUGGUUGUCACCAUAAUCAGUCCUUUGGGGGCGGGCGAGAUGUGUACCAGGCAUGGACAGCUGACACCAACAACGCCGCUCCAAACCUGUGGCAGGUCGUCCAAAACCUGGGGAAUGAGCCCUGUAAAGAUCAGACCACUCAAAACCGAUUCUUUGGCGGCACUUCGAGCGGAGGGCAUCAGCAGGCUGCCAGUAACAUGAACUGCAAUAACACAGCUACGGCCGCAAUGAUGGGGUUUGCCAACCAGCAGCAGCAGCAACAGCAGCAACAACAGCAGCAGCUGUUCCAGCAAGCUCAGCUGCAGCAGCAGAUGCAGCAGCAGAUGCAACAGCAGGUGAUCCAACAGUCCCAGCAACAACCCUCCACGGAACCUGAUCCCUUUGCCGUCGCCCUGGAGCUGAGUGAGAUCAAGGGAAAGCACGAGUCGAUAGACAACCCUCCCCUGGACAUCAAGCCGCAACCGGAUGAGGCCACCAACAAUGCCGAGCAGGCAGUCACGGUUGCGAUGACUUGCAGUCCCGAGGAGCCGCAAACCAUCCUCGAGGAAGCAUCCCAAAGCGCUCAGCUUACAGCCAAAGAAGCCAGAGACGAGUCCCAGCAGGGUUGUAGCGAACUCCGCACCAUGGUCUACCACUCGCUGGGUGUCUGCAAUGACCUGGAGGCUAGUCCUGCCGUCAGUGACAUACCUGCUCCCACUCAGCUCAACACAACCCCCGUGAGCCAGUUCAGCACCCUGCCCACAACACAGUACCAGCUCAUCCACUACAGUGGCAGUGACCAACAAUAUGAAGGUAUGGUCAUUUAGAUAACACAGAAUGCCCAAGGAUACAAUUUACGGCCAAUCCAUCUUGUACACGACAUAUGUGUUUUGCCCAUAUAAGAGUUUGAAAAAUUAAGUGAAUGUUACACAAGUAUUCACUUGAGUGAUUUUGAAAACUAGCCUCCCAAGAUGAUUUGUUGUGCUUUAGUCAAAUUUCCUAAUAGCUUCACCUUGGGAAAGAGAUUUGAAAUGGAUCUCCUUAAGAUGCUAGAUUUACUGUACCACACAUUUUGUAGAGGCAAAAACUGCGCAUUUUAGUCAUGAUCACUGUAAUAUUGUUUAGUGUGUGAUCUAUUACACAUGUGCACCAUUGGUGUGUGCAUUGUUGGUACAUUUAUCAUUUUGUUUUAAGUCACACAAGUUACAAUUUGUAUAUAUUAAUUCUGAACUCAAAACAACAUUGAGUUAGUAUUGACUUCCUUGACAAAUUUCGCCUUUUACAUUCCUGGUUUUUAGACUACAUUCCUUUGACAGUUAUGACUUUGAAUUAAUGUAAAUUCUUCUGUUCAAAAAUUUGAGCACGUAUAUUGUAAUAAUUGAUUUCUUCCUUUUUUUAACCCAAAAGUUGAAACUGGUCAUUUGUAAAGAUUUUAUUCUUCGAUGUUUGUUUACAGCUGUUACUUGUACCAAAAUUAUAUAAUAAUUAAUGGAAAAAGAUCUUUUUCCGAAAUAGUUCAGAUAGAAGUUAACUGUUUACAUUUUAUGUAAUUGUCAUCUUGAAAAUAGUUCGCGGUACCCGCUGCUUCAUUUGACUCGGACCG